UAGUAAAUAACCUAUCACGUGUGAUCAUGUUGUUUUGAUUUUGCACAAAUGCGAAUUGUUUAAUGUCGUUAAUUGUUAAUUAUUGUGAACAUUAUAUUAUCCUAACGACAUUGGCGCAAUACAUCAGAUAUCCGUAACAUAGAGUGAAUCAUUAUUUUAUAAAACAGUUGCAUUUUUUUUAUAUAUAUAUACGGAAUAAACAUGAAUAAGUUACGUUUAUGCUGCAAUAAUCUUGUGAGAAUAAUACCUGGAUAUUAUAAUGAUUGUAGGUACAUUCAUCGAUGGGUAUCUGCAACUUACAAAGACCUAACCAGAAGAAAAAGACGGUUACCUCCUCAACCAGAACCGAUUCGAAGUAAUUUUAUAGAGUGGAAUAGAGAUUCGGAAAUAUAUGCAUUUAAUCAGAGACUGUCAGAAAAAUUUGAAACAGAGAAAUUAAACAAAGCAUUCAUCCAUAAGUCUUACAUUUUCGAGGAAGAAAAAAAACAAAAAGAAAUUGGAAUAGAAGAACCUAAACUCGAUAUAGAACAUAACGAAGAUUUAAUUGAAAAAGGAAGAAACAUAACUUCAGAAGUUGCGUUCAAGUAUUUGAGUAAAUCUCUCCCACAUGCUCCUGAAUCUGCUAUUAUAGCAUUCCAUGAUUACCUUAUGUCCAAUGAAAUUCUGGCUACAGCAUCUUUGCAUAUUGGAACAAAGGACCUUAUUCUGACAGCUGAGCAUCCCGUGGCAGAAGAAACAUUGGCUAAAACAUUUCUAGCACUCGUAGCAGCACUUGCCGAAAGCGCCGAUAUCGAUCGUGCGAGUACUUUUGUUCGAGAUUUUCUAUUAGUAGGAUUAGCAAACAAAGACUUGACCGAAAUAUGGUGCCCCAAAGAACCAUUUAAGAUGUUAAACGAUAUCGUCUCUAACGAAAUAAAAGCACCUGUAGAGCCAAGAAUCAUUAGACAUGCUGGAACAAAUACCGUACUGGCAGUUUAUCAAAUCGCGGUUUAUGCAAAUAAACAAUUCUUAGGUUCAGGAUCUGGGCAAACUAUUAACGAAGCAAAAGAUGUAGCUGCUAUGAAUGCAUUAUGCAAAAGGUUCGGUCUUUUGGACUCGAGUCAGCCAUUACGAUUUAACGAAAAAAUAGAUUUGUCUAUUUAAAAAUAAAUAUCGAAAUGUAAUAUGAUCGAUGUGAUUUGUAUUGUAAUCAUUCGAGACUACAAUUCAAGAUUAACAAAGAUCGUAUAUAAAAUUGUAUAAUGUAAAUAUAGCCCCCUUUAAUUAUACCUUGCACACUA